AUGUUGAAUUUAAAAAUAACUAUUUAUAGUCUUAUCUCCUUUGGACUGAUUAUACUAACUAAAGGUGAUGAGUUUAAAGAAGAAAUGUUUAUUAAACCAUUACCACCAACACAUCUUUAUGUGUAUUUUAAUUUCAUAACCCUCGUCGAUGGAAGGCAGUCCUUUGAACAUUCUCAUCUUGCUCCACGUUCUUUAAAAGAAAUUAUGUUGCGCUAUCAAGUAGAAGAACUACACCUUACCUUGACUGAGGGGCAAUGGAAACAUAAUCUGUGGGGUUAUCCUGUAUUAGAUGCUGCACCUGGCGCAGAACUCUAUGCGUGGUUUUCCCCUGAGUUAAUUGAUAUUGACACACAAUGGAAAAAGCUGAGCUCAACUUUGUCUGGGCUUUUUUGUGCAUCUUUAAACUUUAUAGAAAACUUUAAUACUGUCACUCCCAAAAUGGCAUUAUGGCCAACAGGUGCUAGUAAUAUAAAACAAAACACUACUUCACAUUUGAGGUAUGCAUCACUCCCUAGAGAAAUUGUGUGCACUGAAAAUUUAACUCCAUGGAAGAAAUUAUUACCCUGUGAAUCGAGCCAUGGGCUAGCUUCUCUUCUUAAUUCAAGAAUGAUUCACAAUACAAACUAUCAUUCAAUUGGAGUACAUGUAAGAAGAAUAUGUAGUAAUAAAAACUGUUUCGAAACAGACUUAGAAAUUACACAAACUGUUGCACUUGUCUAUGACUUUAAAAUAAUCAAUAGUAUGGAUUGGUCUUUUCGAAAAUUAUUUGGACAGGGGUUACUUGGAGCAUGCCCACUUUCAUCUUCUAGUAAAAUAUAUGUGGAUAUUACUUCAAAUCAAACAUAUCCUUUUAAAUUAAGUCCUGAGCCAAAUAAUGUUGUAUUAUCACAAAGAGGUGGCAGUGAGACAGAACUGGCAAUAUACAAACUUCAUCAUAUGAUGACUGUGAACAUAGUAGCAAAAUAUGAAGCAAAGAAUAAUAUAUUUGUAAAUAUACCCCCUCCCUUAACUUUUGCUCGAUAUAUUCUUGGAUAUGGUAAAGAAUUUGGUGGAAUAGUAACUGAAUUAACAAAUAACUACUGGGCUCCUAUUGAUGUAGUUCUUUUAGAGAAUGCUCCAUGGUGGUUACCAAUACAACUAAGUUCAUUGAGAAUAAAUGGAGAAGCAGAAAGCAAUUUAAUUAUGUCACAGUAUUACUCACCUGGACGAAGUAGACAAAAACCUUAUCACUUAGAACUUCUAUUGAAGUUGCCUCCUAAAUCUACUACUACAAUUACUAUUGAUUUUGAAUUUGUUUUUCUUAAAUGGCAAGAAUAUCCUCCCGAUGCAAAUCAUGGAUUUUACAUUGGAUCUGCAUUAAUAUCAGCAAAUUUACCAACUGCAAAAAAUUACACUAGUCUACCAAUUAGUGGAAAUACAUUUGAUUCAGUCAUAAAUGCUUCAAAGCCAUGGUAUCCAAUGGUCUUUCGAACAAAUGGAGCUAUGGUAUCUUUACCAACACCUGAUUUUAGCAUGCCAUAUAAUGUUAUAUGCUUAGCAUGUACAGUUGUGGCAUUAGCAUUUGGUCCUUUAAAUAAUAUUUGUACCAAAGAAUUAAUUUUAAAAGCUGUCAAGAAUAAACAAGAAUGUUUACAAAAACCUUCGGGUAUUAAGUCGGAUGUUAUUAUUGUCCAUAACAAGACUAAUGUUGAUAUUUCCGCAGAUAAAUAUUUAUUGGAACUUGAUAAGUAUACAAGCUGUCCACGUUGUAAAUAUAAAUUCGAACGUGCUAAAAAGUUGUUAGCAAAGAUACCACGAAUUGAAAAACUUGAUACAGUUACUAUAUGUAAUCAUUGUCGGGCUGAAUUUAAAAAACCUUGUCAAGAAUGUAGUGAAAUCGUAAACACAUUUAUUACCAGUAAAAUACAAAAAAAGAAAUUAUUGAAAGAAAUACUUUUGUGGUUAUCUAAUGUGGAAAAUAUUUUAGAAAAAAAAGAGAAAUUAAGUCAUUUGCAUCGUCGAACUGGUUCUCAGUUGCAUAUAGAUAGUUUACGUCACAUUUCUGCAAGUUCAACUUCAUGUCAUCAACCUCAAAUUGGACAAUUAUUAGAAUUUGAUCAUUCGAUACAAUCGACAGUACGCCCAACAAAAAUUCAAUUUUUAAAAAAAACGGAAAUAAUUAAAGGCCAUCUGGUAACAAGAUCUGAAAGCGCAUUAUUAUAUGUUCAUGAUGAAAAGAUUAAUUAUAAUAAUAAAACAACACCGUUAACAUUUUAUCACUCUUAUGAACAUUUAGGGCAACCAAAAUCUAUAUCAAAACCAUUUCAACAAGCAAUUGAACUAGAAAAGGACACAUAUGCUAGUAAACACUUUAAACUUCAAGAUUCUUUGAAAAAAGUGGCUCGCUGUGAUCCUUUUGAAAUUAACGAACCUACUUAUGACGAUAGAAACUCUAUCAAUAAAACUUACAAAGCUGAUCGUCCUGGUAUUCUUUUACAACAGACUGAAUUGAAAUCAAUUUUAUCAAAGACUUCACUAAGAAAAGGUACAAUACACAAGUCUUCAUCCGCGCAGCAUUCAGAAAAAUCUUUACAAAAAGGUUUUAGCUAUUUUUUUAUUAAAGAAAUAUCUAAGGACAUAAGACCGAUAACAAAACGUAAAAGCUCCGCAGAAUUAAUUAGAGAUAUUCAAGACAAGCUUGAUACAAAAUUAGAAUUAGAGAAAAAGGAAAAAGAAGAAAAAGACCUGGAAAAAAUUCAAGAAGAUGAAAAAAGACGUUUACAUAAAACUGACCUUGAGAGGAAGAAACUUCAACAAUUGGAAAGCGAAAAAAAUAAAAAAGACGAAAAACGGUCGUCAGGUGGAGAGUUAAAAGAUGGGAAAAGAAUUAAAAAGAAAAUAGAAGCCAUACCUCUUAUCCCAAAACCUUCCGUUAAAGACAUCAAUGAUAAGAAUAAAAAAAAGUUAACUGACAUACCAAAAGCAAAAGAAUCUUUAAAAGUUCAAAAAGAAAAAACAGAAAGUGAAGAUAAAAUGCAAGCUGAUAAAGACCGAAAACUAAAAGAAAACCAAGAAAAGGGAGAUAAAAUGCAAGCUGAAAAGGAAAGAAAACUUAAAGAAAAAGAAGACAAAAUGCAAGCUGAGAAAGAGCGAAAACUAAGAGAACAACAAGAAAAAGAGGAAAAAACGCAAGCUGAUAAAGAAAGAAAGCUUAAAGAAAAAGAAGAAAAAGAAAAUCUCAAGAAAGAUAAAGAGGAGGGGUUAAGGAAGAAAAAAGAAGAAAGACAAAGACAAUACGAAGAAGAACUGCGCAAAAACAAAGAUGAAGAAAAAUUUGAUAAACGCCAAACAGAUAAAAAUGAUACUUAUGCACAGGAAUUAAAUAGAAUGAUUGCAGAACAAGUUAAGCAAAAAGAAAAAGAAUCUAAAAUCAAAUCUCAAAAAGAACAGACAAAGAAAGAAAUAGCGGUAGAAAAUAAACCUAUUGAAGAUAAUCAAGACGGAAAAAUUGCAUCUAAAACAACAAAAGAACCUCCGCCUGAAAAGCAAGACUCAAAAUCCCAAAAAGGCGUAACUGAACCCAAAUCAAAAGGAAUAAAUAUGAAUCAAAUUAAAGUCAGAACACCAUCACUUGAUGAUUUGAUAUUGCAGCUUGUUAAACUAAAACAGUCCGAUCCAGAUAAAGAAAAGAAGCCCCGGCCAAAGCGUUUGUCCGAACUUAAUAUCCCUUCUGUAACAAUAAACGCUCAUAAGGGCCAUAAAAAUAAAAAAGAACCUGAAUGUAUUAUUUGUAAUGACUCCGAAUUAGAACUUGAUAUAGAGAAUAUUGUUUUAAAUACCACUCAAAGUGAAAAAAUAAAUGAUAUUAUUGUAGGGGAAAAUAUAUUGAAAUGUAAACCUCGUAAAGAAAAAGAAGUUGAAGAGAUAGGUAUAGCUCCCUUAUUUUUUAAGUCUACCUUUAAGGAUGAUGGUAUAGUAAAUGUUCCAAAACAAGAAAGUCCGAAGUAUGUGACUGAAACACAAGAAAGCAAACCAUAUCCCGUUUUAAUGCCGAGCAAACAUAUGAACGUAUAUCGCAUGCGACCUGCGCAUCCUGAAUUUGAUUGGUUUGAACAUAACAAAAAUAAAAAGUUAAUGCUCUACGAUACUGGUGAAAAAUUGGCUGAAUUUGAUGAGAAUGGUCGUGGAAGAUGGUUUUAUAGGAACGGAAGAUUGGCUCUCGAUUACUACGACGCAGAAGAAAUAAAUGCGCAACAACGCUUUGUAAUAUAUAGUAGCGGAGAUCCUGAUGAGAGAGGUCGAUCUCGACCUUUAGCUAUUCUUGCAACUUUUGACUAUCUUGGAAACGGCAUAGUAUUUGAUCACGCAGAAGGUGUAAUCCUAGAUAGAAGUAUUGGUCCUGUCUCUCACUGGAAGUGGCAUACUCUUAAUGAUCCACCAGUUUUGCAACAGGUUAUGAUUGAUACACAAAUGGCACAUAAGGAUCCGGAAAUACUAAAACUUGGUGGACCAACUGAAGAUAAGGCACGAUCAGAUAAUGAAGAGAUGUUAGCAAUUGAGUUUGAUAACUUUAUCAAGGAGAAGAGUAAAAAAUUAUCUCAAAAAUUUAAACCAUUUCAAAUCAAAAUGAAGGCAUUGAAAAUAAAUGAACAUUUUUCUCUUAAAGUUUUGGACCAAGCCACUGUGUAUUUAAUAUUUAGAGAUGGGACCACUAAUUUAAAAAUAAACAUAGGAAUGGUUCUUGAUCAUCAAGAAAUAGUUGAUACUGAUACUGCUGAAGUAGGAGAGGUUUCUAAUAGCUUAGAGCGAUUUCCUGCACGCACAGAUAGUUUAGCAGGUCUUCAAAGAAGCGUAGCAUAUGCCCAACGCGUUGAAAGAGCUCGAGUCGAACGCGAUCGUCGGCUUCGACCUAUAGAACCUCGUUCUAGUACAGAUAGACUUACUGCUGCGACCUCGCGCCCACUGCGUCCUCCUUUACGUGUUUGUGAUACGAGUUCUACAGCCCUAUCGGCUAAUAGGUGCAGGAAACCAGCAACUUGCAAUUUAUAUUAUGAUACUAGACUUUCU